GGUUCCGGUGGGGAGGGGUAGGGAUGGUUCAGCCCCGCCCCGCUAGGGCGGGGCCUGCGCCUGCGCGCUCAGCGGCCGGGCGUGUAACCUACGGGUGCGCGCCCACGACCGCCAGUCUCGAGCAGUCUCUGGAACACGCUGCGGGGCUCCAGGGCCUGAGCCAGGUCUGUUCUCCACGCAGGUGUCCCGCGCGCCCCGUUCAGCCAUGUCGUCCGGCAUCCAUGUAGCGCUGGUGACUGGAGGCAACAAGGGCAUCGGCUUGGCCAUCGUGCGCGACCUGUGCCGGCUGUUCUCGGGGGACGUGGUGCUCACGGCGCGGGACGUGACGCGGGGCCAGGCGGCCGUACAGCAGCUGCAGGCGGAGGGCCUGAGCCCGCGCUUCCACCAGCUGGACAUCGACGAUCUGCAGAGCAUCCGCGCCUUGCGCGACUUCCUGCGCAAGGAGUACGGGGGCCUGGACGUGCUAGUCAACAACGCGGGCAUCGCCUUCAAGGUUGCUGAUCCCACACCCUUUCAUAUUCAAGCUGAAGUGACGAUGAAAACAAAUUUCUUUGGUACCCGAGAUGUGUGCACAGAAUUACUCCCUCUAAUAAAACCCCAAGGGAGAGUGGUGAACGUAUCUAGCAUCAUGAGCGUCAGAGCCCUUAAAAGCUGCAGCCCAGAGCUGCAGCAGAAGUUCCGCAGUGAGACCAUCACUGAGGAGGAGCUGGUGGGGCUCAUGAACAAGUUUGUGGAGGAUACAAAGAAGGGAGUGCACCAGAAGGAGGGCUGGCCCAGCAGCGCGUACGGGGUGACGAAGAUUGGCGUCACCGUUCUGUCCAGGAUCCACGCCAGGAAACUGAGUGAGCAGAGGAAAGGGGACAAGAUCCUCCUGAAUGCCUGCUGCCCAGGGUGGGUGAGAACCGACAUGGCGGGACCCAAGGCCACCAAGAGCCCAGAAGAAGGUGCAGAGACCCCUGUGUACUUGGCCCUUUUGCCCCCAGAUGCUGAGGGUCCCCAUGGACAAUUUGUUUCAGAGAAGAGAGUUGAACAGUGGUGAGCUGGGCUCACAGCUCCAUCCAUGGGCCCCAUUUUGUACCGUGUCCUGAGUUGGUCCAAAGGGCAUUUACAAUGUCAUAAAUAUCCUUAUAUAAGAAAAAAAAAUGAUCUCAUCAAUUAGCACUCACUAAUGUACUACUAAUUGAGCAACCUACGCACUCAGUUGACUACCUAAAUCUGUCAGGUCUUUUGUGAUUUCCUCUGAUGCAGGAGAGGAAAAAUUGUAAUUGAUGAAAAUAAUGAAUGAAAAUCAACAGAUGAAUAAAUGGUUCUUUAUAAGUG